ACCUUUAAAGCAUCUGGCCAAGAUGAAGCUCCUCUAUCUCUUGGUGUUUGUUGCAGUUCUGGGGGCUGCUAACGCCCAGCCUGUUGGUGAGGAAGCAGCUCCUGCCAACCAACUGGAGGAUAUGGCCGAUCUGGGAGCUGAUCAGCCACAAGAGGGGGAGGCAACGAGAUCUCGCCGCUGGCUCUGGGGAGGAUGGGGAGGCAUCGGCGGAUGGGGAGGUGGCUGGAACCGGGGAUGGGGUGGAGGAUGGGGAGGAGGACACAGCGGAGGCUGGGGCGGGAGCUGGAGAGUCUCCUACCAGCCCUGGAGCAGCGGUUCCAGCUACUGGUGGUAGACAGUCGCUUCCCCAAAAGCUACAGCUACAACUUUUUGAAUAAAACGAUUCCCACAGUA